UUUUUAUUGAAUUUUUUUUGUGAAUAACUUAGAAUUUGGGUCACGAAUUUGCGGUUUGGGUGUAGAGGGGACACGACUCGAUUCUCGCUGUGUCGAAACAAGGCGAAUCCACAGGGCAAGCCGACGGCUCAACCAAUGCUGGUGUGUGAUGUAUAACAGCGAAAUAUCUGAAUACACUGAACAGCGACAUUUUAAUGUGUUAGUUAUUAAUAAAAAUAAAAGAAUGACAGUUUGCUUCACUAAGGAACAACCAAAGUGGGCAAAAUGAAAAAGUUUACCUUCACCCCUCCUGAAACUGGACGGAGUGCCAAACGUGUAACCCCAGCUAUUUCUAAACCAGCAACUGAUGAGACAGGGAAAGAUAAAAAAUCAUUUUCUGGGAGGAUUCCUCGUGGGUCUGUCAAGAAUAUUGUCCACAAGAAAAGAAGUGGGUCUUUGAGUCUUUUCAGUCUGAAAAUGGAUAAACGGAGAAGGGCUUCUUCAGAUACAGGGUCUAGUGCAGAUGAAACCCAUAAAAGCAGUUCACCUCUUCAGGUGCCAAAGAAGUUAAAACUGCAAGCAUCAGGCAAAUCAAAGGUAAAUGUUUCCUCAGAUUCUCCUGCAGCCAAGGCUAACGACGAGAAGAAAGAUGAAGUCCCCAAUAAAGAUGCUCUAACUUCAGAAAUGAGACGUCUUAAAACCACAGACGGUUUUAUUUAUGGGAGCAGGUCUAGUAGCCCUGCUGCUGCAUCUGAGCAGGGGGACGCACAAAAAUCUGGCAAUUUAUCACGGAGAGGCAGCAGAACCUCAACCCCAGAUGUUUCUCCUGCAUCUGCCAGGGUUAAGUCCAAAAUACAGAAGAAACCGGUAGAAAAUGGAGAGACUCUGUCUAGAUCUAGUACUCCUGUUAGUGAGUUACGACGGCUGAAAACUACUGAAGGCUUCUGGUCGCAGUCUGUUUUACCACUAGGGCCUAGGACGGGUUCUAGAGAUGGUAGCCCCUCUUCAACUUCAUCUUUAGACAUGUUGACUAAGCAGGGGGCCAAGUCGCAGAAACUCCGAGCAGGAAAAUUGAGUGUGAAGAAAAGCAGCCCUGUGUAUGCUGAAAGGAAGGCUCGAAGUUUAGAGAGGAAGAAAGCUCAGCACAGCCCGGCUACAUCUCGGAAUAGCUCGGCUGAUGUCAGUCCAUCACCGAGCUCAUCACUCGAUAGAAGUGUGUACGAGCUUUCUCUAGAUUCUUCAUUGACGCAGGCUACUACAAUGGAUAUUGAUAACACGGAUCAGGAAAUUAAAAAGCCAACGAGGGGUAGGCCUAAGAAGAAGAAGCUGAUGCUGACAGUAGAAACCCAGACUUGUGACGGUGUUGAGCCUGAUGAGAGUACAUCUCAGAUGGAUGAAUCAGCUGAUGUGUCAGCCGUAGAAGCCAACAGGACAGAGCUCUGGCUGAGCAUGGAUUGGGAUGAGUCCGAAUCCCCGUCCAACGUUAAAAAACACAGGGGUCGGCCGAGGACUAAAAACAUUGUCUACGACAAGGAGACGCAAACACCACCUCUUAUGAAGGUGGUUGGUUCAGGAUCCUUACACACUUUAACCCCAGAAACAGGUCAGUGUAUUUCAUCUCCACGAGUCACAGAAACUGCUCAAAAGCCUAGUCCAGAUGUAAUAAUUAAGCCUAAACGAAAAUAUCAAAGAAAGGAUGCACAAGCAACUGAAAAUAAAAAAACUAAAAAGGUGAUAUCAAGGGGCAUAAAAGCCUUUGAGAAACUUUCAAAACAGAAACUUUUCAAAAAGGUUAAAAGAAAAGGUAAAGUUGUUGAGAUUUUGAGAGCUGGGAAAUUGGUUAAGAAACCCAGAAAGAAAAAAGUGAAGAGUGCUGAUGGGGAGACAACCCCUGCUGAUACUGAUCAGGCAUCCCUUGAAGACCUCUCUAACCCACCACAACUUGAAAUGUUCGGUGAGACUUCAAAAGAGCCGAAAAAAGUUAUGAAAAAACCCAGAAAGAUUUUGGUCGAUGGUGUUAGUCGACCUAAGAAGGCAGGCCUUCCCAAGUUGAAAAAAAUUAGGAAGAAGAUACGGGACAAUGCUCUUGAGGCAGAUCUUUCUGAUCAAGUAUCACAUGAAAACUUCAGUGACCUACAGCAAUUAGGAAUGUUGGGUGAAUCUUUGAAACAGAAGAAAAAAGUUGUGAAAAUUCGCAAAAAACUUGCAGUUGAUGGCGUUAGCCGCCCUCGGAAGACAGAUCUUCCUAAGUUGAAAAAAAUUAGGAAGAAGAUAAAUAUUGAUUCUGUAGAAAUGGAUCCUUCAGUUACUGAUCAGUUGCAUGAAAACUUCAGUAACAUGCCAGAGUUGGAUAUGGCAAGUAAACCUUUAAAACUAAAGAAAAAAGUUGUAAAAAUUCGCAAAAAACUUGCACUUGACGGCAUUAAUCGUCCAAGAAAAAAAGGUCUUGUCAAGGUGGAGAAAAAAAGAAAAAAGAUGGAAGGUGGUGCGUAUGAGGCACAAUCAGCUAUUACUGAUUUAACUGAAAAUGUAAUUAAUCAGUCAAACUCUGAUGCUAUGGACGAUCCAAUAAAAUUAAAGGAAAAAGUGGUGAAACGGCGUAAAAAACUUGCAGUUGAUAGUAUAAGCCGGCAGAGGAAGAAAGGCCUUGCCAAGAUGGAAAAAGAUGGAAUUCCGAUAAAGAAAAGGCUAUUAAAGAAACAAUUAGGUGAUGGUAGCAUGGUUUUGAAGAAGGUAAGGAAGAAGAAGCUUGAGAGCAGUGAAGAUGGAGCUUCACAGCCAUUGAAAAAGAGGAGAAAAAAAUCAGUGAUUGACAGUAAGGCAGUAUCGGAGUCUGCUGCUCUGCCUGCUGAUGUAGGCUUGGCUUCUAGUGAAAAUAAAGAGGAAAUUAAGGAGACCAAAGCAGAGAAUAGCAUAGCUGAGUCUGAAGCUCAGCCUACAGUCCACAAAGAAAAAAGAAAGAGCAAAGUAAAAUAUGAGUUGCAGGAGAUACCACAGGAGAAACCAGAGUCUGGGGCACUGCUGUUCAAAACAUCAGAACUGAGAAGACUUAACACAACUGCGGGAUUCUGGUCGCCGGCACCUGGUUUGGAUGAGGUCCUUAGCACAUCCAAACCUAAAAGAUCUCUGCAUGUUAAACGCUCACCCAAAAGACAAGAAAGCAGUCUCCUGCAGCACCGGAUACGGAAACUUCAUUCACUGCAUAAGAACUCGUUAAGAAAAGGUAAACUAGCGUCAGAAAAUAUUGUUGAGAGUGUUACAGUGCUACCUUCUGGAAAUGUCGUUGUGCCAUUGGGAGCUGCAGUGGAACUGAAACGUAGGAAUAAUAAAUUGUUAAACCUGAAAAAUGAGUGGAAGAUCACUGACAAGAAUACAUCAGCAACAUUGCAGCCAGGGUCAGUUGAAGGUUCUGCUAUUUCAUCUGGUCAUGUCAGUAGCCCAUUUGAUUUUGUCAGUGAAACAUUUGGUGAUACUGUCAGCCAAACAUUUGCUACCAGCACGCCUGUGGCACAGAGUGCUGCCCCAAAGAAAACAUGGCAGCGUGGUCGACGGAAACAGAUUGGCGGAGAACCUCGGCCCAAACCUUCCCCUGGCAGGAGUGCCGUUGAGACGAGGCACAAGAAGAAGAAAGACGACCUGUUGAGCCAGUCCAUGGAAGUUGUGAGUAUGCUGGAGAGGGAGACAAGCCAGAAGGAUGAGUGUCAGAUGGAGGCUGUGAACAUGGAUGAGUGUCAGGGGAAAGAUUUGGUUCCUUCUGCGCCGCAAGUGAAGAGUGAAGUGUUGUGUUCUCAAGGUGUGGUAGUAGCUAAACCUGAUGGAGAUGGUAGUCAAGGUUUGAUUGUAAGUAAACCUGACGGGUCUUCUAAAAUGUUGAGCUCAGCCGAACUUGAGGCAUCUCAAGUUUUGACUGCAGCUAAACUUGAUGAUGCAACUGAGCAUUUGACAGUUGCUAAACUAGAUGAUGCAACCGAGCAUUUGACAGCAGCUAAACUUAAUGAUGCAACUGAGCAAUUGACUAAACUUGAUGAUGCAACUGAGCAUAUGACAGUUGCUAAACUUGAUGAUGCAACUCAGCAUUUGACAGCAACUAAACUUGAUGAUGCAACUGAGCAUUUGACAUCAACUAAACUUGAUGAUGUUACUCAGCAAUUGACAUUACCUAAACCAAAUGGUGUAGCUCAAGUUUCGACCACAGAAAAACUUGAUCAGACAUCCUCUCUCUCAACCUCAUCUGAACCUGCUGUUACUGACAACUUGACCUCGGCUGAAGUUGAUAUUCCUCACAGUUCACCCUUAGUUGAACUUGAUGUUCAGCAAAGCGUGGCUCCCACUCCAGUUGUGGAGCUAUCUGAAGGCAGUCCAGAAACUAUCUCCCCUCCUCAACCAAUCACAUCUCAGACAGAGGCAGUAGAACAUAGCCACCAAAGUAUCACUCCAUCUCUUGAACCAAUCACAUGUCAGACAGAGGCAGUAGAGCAUAGCCACCAAAGUAUCACUCCAUCUCUUGAACAUACACCACCUGUUGAUGAAGGUUUGCCUCCAAUGACUUCCAUACCAGAGACUGUAAGAGACCAGGAAAUAGUUCAUUCCAGCCAUUUGGAAACUGUGACACAUUCAGUAGAACAGAUAAGUUUAGCAAACACGGCAGCACACUCAGCAGAACAAAUAAGCUUAGCACACCCAGAAAAACAGACAACACACUCUGAAGAACAGACAAGUUUAUCACACCCAGAAGAACAGACUUAUGUAGCAGACACUUGUGUAUCUAAAGAAGGCAGCAUUUCUACAGUACCAACAAAGACGGUUGAAGGCGUUCACAUAGAUGAACAAAAUGCAACUGAGAACAGCACAUCAUUGCAGGUUAGCACUUCAAACAUUGAUGGAAGUGCUGUGGCUGAAGCACCACCUGCACCAGGGUGUGAGACUUCUCUGGCUACCCCCACUGAUGCUGGGGAUAUCACUGAGGCCACAUCACCCACAGAACAAUUGUCUUCAUCAGCUGUGCUAGACACUGAAACAAACCAAGCUGAAAACCAAAGCUCCCAUGCUGAAAACGUCGCACACGCCACCUCGUCUAAAACAGAGUUGGCUGGGGAACUUCUUCCACAUAGCCCUGGCCCAGUCAAUCUGUCUGACGCUUUAGCCAUGCUGGACAUGAAAGAUCCUGCUAACAAAGGUAAGAAAAAAAGGAAGAGAAUGAUAUUCACACAUAAGAAGCAGAAAAGAAUCUAUCGACGCAGCAAGUUGGAGUUGCCAGCUCCAUUAGUGACAGCUGAUGGUUUAGAAGAAUCUUCUGCAGGUGGUGUUAUGGAAACUUUGGCCGAUGGUUUGGUAGAAAGUCCUCUGAAGUCUGACCCCUUGAGGAGGGUGAAGAAGAAGAGAAGGAGAAACACAUGGAAAAAGGGGGUGGUGAAGAAGCCAGCCCAUGUAGUGAAAAAGAAAAAGAUGUUGAGUUUACUUAAUGUUGGACAGCCUGAAACAGAGGAGUCUGUCAGUGUAGCUGAUGAGAAGCUAGAGACUGCUCCUACAGGGCCUGAGUCUCAAGAAGUUGUUGAGAAAAAACCGUAUCGCUUAAAAUCUGCUAAAGAAAAAACUAUGAAAAUGCUUAAAAGGCUUCAUACCAACGCCAAUUUGGCAAAUGCUGUUAUGGAUGAGAAUAUCUUCCGAGGCAGAUUUUUAAGAACGUUGCCACAAAAACCUACCAUAGAGAAAAAACCCAGAAGGAAAAGGAUAGUGAAGCAGCAGGAAGCGAUGAUUCCCAAUCUGUGUGAUGAUACAAUGCCCCAGCUGACUGUUGACAUCCCACCAGAAACAUCUCUGUUGAAGAAGAGGCGGGGUAGACCUAGAAAACUGAGCACUGGGUCCUUGCCUAAACUCACCCCCACAGACAUUGACAGUCCACUUUACGACUCCAAUACCUCUUGGGACAAGGCCCCACCACGGCUCUCCCCACAGAUUGACACCUCCAAGUCUCUUGAUCUCCUCCUGGAUGCAGAAAACAAAAGCCAGCCAGACAGUGAGUUUGUGGCUGAGAGUGUGGAUGACACAGAUUUUCACCUGUAUCUCUCUGGUGUCAGUGAUGAAGAUUUCUCCUCAACUCCCAAAGAUUCUGUGUUCUCAUCAGACAAGAGGUCCAGCCCACCUUUAGCUUUAUCCAAUCUGGAAGUGCCUUGUCUGAUUAACGAGCUACUUCACGAAGCAAGUCCUGCUGGGGUUGUUAAAAAAAGUGGGCGGCGAAAAAUGAAAGGUAGGAGAGGACGGCCGCCUGGACUCCCCAUGACUGAAGAAGAAAAGCUACGUAAAAGUAACAAGCGAUUAGUGUAUAGUGCAAGAUCGAUAGAUUCAUCUGCCACCAGGUUUGAAGUCUUUAACUUUAUCAAGCGCCCACGGACAGCUAGGAAGUCUAUGCAACGCUCUAAGCCCCGCUCUCCAUCUGCAUCAGCCAGCAACACAGAAGAUUCCAGCAGUAAAGUGUCUCUCAGGAAAAAAUCUACCCGCUCCCCUCUUGAAAUGUUGGAAAUGAAAAGAAGACAAGAGGAAGCCAUUUAUGAUUUAGAGGAAGAAAAACGUCAGGCUCGGCGCAUUCUCUUGCGAGAGAAACGAUUCGCCAGAGAAUCUGGAGACGGUUUUUCAGAAGAGAUGUAUGUUGAACUAACUGAUGGACCAAUCAAGGAAUGCACAGUGGUGUUGACAGAUUUUGUGAAGAAACUGCAGCUGGACAAUAUAGUGUCAACUUCAGAUAAUGAGGAGCCAGAUGAAGAGGUUUGGAAUAAAAGCAUCAGUCCUAGGGUAGGCUUGCAUGAAGCUGAGGAACAAGAAGACUGGGAGAAUGUGGCGGAUGGGAAGGAGUCUGAGGAGUGGAGGGUCAACGAGAACCCAGAGAACCGGCCGUACAUACCCAGGCUGAAGCUGAAACGAGUCAUGAAGAAAUCUCAAGCCUCCCCCAGUAGGCAGGAGCCCAUUAAGCUGGUGAUUAAAACUGAGUCGAUGGGUGACAGCUCAGGAAAAGUCAGCCACGUUGACAUCUCUAAAGUUGACAGGACAGGAUUUGAAGGAAGUUUUCUUGACUUUUUGAAGGAUAGAAAAACUGAUCACCCUGCUCAUAAGAAAAGCUACAGGUCAAAAUCUGUCCCAAGGGAGAGCAGCAAAGUCGGAGCUUUGAUUGACAGUCGUGUGCGUAAAGCAACUGUCCAACACUCUUUCAGUGGGUUCAGCAUCCCUCCAGCAACCCCACCCAGCUCAGGCUGUGUGAGUCCAUCUAGAACAAUCUCUAGCCCACUCAAGGUGCACACCCCUGAGAAAGGUGGUAUGAACUCUUCCACCACCCCAUCUGGCACACCCAGGACUGUUCCAUUACCAGACGAGGAGGAUGAGGACAUGCUGAUCCUUGACUUGGAUGAAAGCGCACCUGACCAGAACUCCAGUGAUUCUCUGAAAGACAGUUCUCUCGCAGACACGCCAGGUAAAUCCAGGCCUGCUGGCACCACCUCGAUAUCACAGCUGGCAACUGAUGAUACACUGCCACCCCCACUAGUCCAGAGGAUCCCCUCCAAUGAUGAAAUGGGUUUAAUGCUUGACUCUUAUAACACUGAUGGUGCUUCACAUGGUCAAAGUUCAAAUGCUGCUGAAAAGCCUGAAGAUGGAGUAUGUACAGAGCUUGAAGCAGCUACAGAUUUGACAGUGGGUAAAACUGAUCUCAGCAAAGAAAAGCCAAUAGAUGAUAUUCCUGUACCAACUACUGAUAGUCCUAUGGAUAGCCAUGUUGAAGAGACCAGUAUAUCACCAUCAGAAAGUGUGUCUGAUUCUACACCAAAUGAAGACAGCCUUAUCAUAUCAAAUACCAGAGGAAAGUCAAGCCCAGAGAACAGGAGUCCCAGACAAUCCAAGGAGAAGUGCCAGGACUGGAAGGUGAAGGUCGUGCAGCAGUCAGAUAAAGUAGCCUCUGGCAAGUACAUGUGUAAGCUGUGUGACUUCAGCACAUCUGCCAGGCUGAUGAUCGAGUCCCACAUCUACACGCACAUGCCCGGCGUGCAGUUCCGCUGCUCCUACUGCCUGUCUGAGUUCAGCGCCAUGUCUGCCACCUACGCUCACCUGAAAAACACCCACUCUCCUAAUGAGGCCAAGCUGCACAUCAGCAAACACAUUGAGGAGAAGAACUUUUACGAGAAGGAAGAUUUGGUUAUCUCUGAGCCACCAGCUCCACAGGCUGUCCACCCCGGGGGUCAGUCUCCGCCUGUCAUCAUCUCUGUUGUGGUGAGCGGCCCUGUGGGUGCGGGGCGCUGUGCUAGAGCCCCCGCCAGAAGAUUUGUCUGCACUCACUGUGGCUUCUCCACCAAUGUCAAAGAGGACGUAGAGCACCACAUAUCAGAUCUACACAGGUCUAGCACUCUAUACGCCUGCAUUCUAUGUAAUGAGAACAUCUUCUACUCUGAGUCUGAUAUUAAACAACACAGCACCACAGUUCACCCCUCACGUCCCCGACCAUACAGAAAACUCCCAGACUUCUACGACGCUGAACAGUUGAGCAGUAAAGGGAAAAGUCCCAGCCAGGACGACCAGAGAGAGAAUAUUUUUGAGCGCAUGACAACCAUAUUUCAAACAGACGAUUCCCAGCAAGACACUGGCACCAUAGAUCAUCAUCAGAAGGCUAAGGAGUAUUUAUACCUUCAGGAAGAAUGGAGGGAGAAAACGCGCGUGGAGGCCGAUAGCACAACAGCUGUGGACUUCACAGAACAGAACCACGAGACCACCAUGGAGCCUGAAGAUAUGAGCAGUAAGAAUGACGACCUGGAGAAUGAAGCUUCCUCUGGGGAUGAUGGGAAGGAGGUCCUUGGGGAAGAUGUCGGCAAGGUUCCGUCUAAAGAUGUGUCACAUGAUGAGGCCAUCACAUCAUCAGCUGUUCCACCAGCACUGGCGGAGGACACCGGGGCAGACACACCGGUCACAGACCUGCUUCCUGCUGAUGAUCAUUCUCAACAGUCAUUCAGCCCUCCAGUCCCAGAGAAGUCAGCUGUUGUGACAGAGCUAAGCAGUACAGUAGAGGGGAGCCAGGACAACUCCGGUCCUGCUGAGGACAAUAUGGGACUCAAAAUUGUUGAUGUUGUUAGCCUGAGCAGUGAACAGGAGGAGCCAGUUCCUCUAGACGAGUCUGGUGUCUUGGAUCUCAGCAAAAGUGUGAAGAGAGCAGUAGAACGGGUAAGUCCACAGCAGACUCCUGCAUUACCAGAGGAGAUUAUUGAUGACCAACAACCCACAGACUUAUCAAUGUCUAAGAAAAGUUCUGACAGUGCUGCUUCAGUUCCUUCAGAGCCAAAAGACUUAGCCACGAGUUCUACUCCAGCGAGCUCUAACGCAGAGUCCGCGUCUGCUGUCUCCUCCGCCAGCAAGACAUCGUCUGCUAUCAAUUACGGGCUGCCGCUAUCUUACAAGUGUAAUGCCUGCAAGGUCCACACCCCCUACCUCCUGAUGAUGGUCAAACAUUUGAAAGCCAAACACCCCAGCAUGAGGUGUUUUGCUUGUCCCUACUGUAAGACCAUCCACAGCUUUAUCAGCCAGAAGCAGCUGCGACUCCACGUUAAACACUCGCACCCGGAUAAAAUUGGCAGGAAUGAGAUCGCCCUCUCAGAGGAAGCCAAGAAAUUUGUUGAGGCCAUGGUACUGCCCAGUAGCCCGGAGUGCAUCAAAGUUGGGAAUCGUGUAGUCUUGGAGGAGGAUAUUCACACCUGUACCUACUGCCAGGUGAAGAUGACCUCGCUGGGCAACGUGUACGAGCAUUUAAACUCUAAACAUUCGGAUUUAUUUGAAUUUGUCUGUCCUAACUGUCAGGUCUACAAAAGCAAAGUUCUUGCCGAUAUCUCCUUGCACUGUGUACACGUGCAUAAAGUGCGUCUAGACACGGAUAAGGUCCACGUUUCUGUGCCCAAAAAUUUGUUUGCAGUCCUGACUUGUAUUUCUAAAGGUGGCAAGUACAUUGAGAAGAACAUUGGAGCCACUGAGGAUGGAGCACCAAAACAAACGGACGCGGCCGCACCCCCGGCUGUUGAGAGCCCUGCGCCUGUGCAGACACCACAGCCUGCUCAUCAGAAUCCUGAGCCCCUGGCGCUGGAUAAACCAGCAGCUAAAGCUCCACUGAUGCCAGCUAUCAGCCCCAGGCCUAUGCCCAUGUUUCCCACGCCGGUAGUCUCCCAGCCCAUCCCCUUGAUAGCCAUUCCCUUGAUGGCAGCUCCUGUAGGCUCUAUCCCUGUAGUGACCAGCCGAUCCAUUCCAAUCUCCAGCUCCUUGUUUGAUACCUCCUCUAUGACGGCACCCCCUCCCCUCAUCCCGGCUGCCGCAGCUGCUAAACCUGCCAUCAAACCCACAGCCGGAGCCUCCAGCUUUUUGUGCCACGGCUCCCAGCAGGUUCCAGCUCUGGCGUCCAAACAACCGGCACCAAAACACAGCAAGUCCUCCACCAACCCAAAAACUGUUUUAAACAUCCCCAGCGUUAAACCAAGGGCAGCAACUGGUGACCCCAGCUUGUACCCCAACAUAGUGACAUCACUUGGAUCGUCUCCCCUGCACCACCUGUCUGCCAGCCCAGCCACACCUUCACCAGGUAUUGACAAUAUUCCAGAGAGUGAACCCGCCCCGGACGCCUUCAAAAUUUUCAACCUUCGACCAACAACCCCAGCGUCAACGGCGCCUCCCCCACCCAACGCUAUUGUGUUCCCACCCGUCUCCACCCCACAGGUCACGUCAUUCAUUCAAGGCCCAAUGGCAGGGUUCCCUUCUAGCAUGGUGAUUCCACACACCAUGCUGAUGCCAUUCUCUUACACCCCGCCUUUGAUGAUGUCACAGAAGCAGACAACUCAAAGUUCUAGCUCAACUCCAAGACACGUCAGACAGAUACACCCAGCUCUCUCCUCAUCUGCUCCACCACCUCAAAGCGCUCGCUUCAUCCAGGACAAGGCCCUCUCUUACUUAAAGAAACAACAUCAGCAGCAGUACCAGAAAGGGCAGAUAGACCAGCAGUGGUUGAAACAACAGCAGCUGAUGGUGCAGCAGAAGUCCACACAACCUGCUACCACCCAGCCGCAGCACGCCUCUCACUUCCAAUCUGCGCCAUCCCACAACGUAGACCACAGGCCCAGCGAGACCCCCGCACGACCAACCUCAGCUUCACCGCAGGCAGGAAGCGCAAUCCGGCCCUCCAAGGGCAUCCACAAGCGCAGCAGCUCCAUGUACCAGUGCCCGUACUGCCCCACCGUGGUGACCCUCAGGGCCCUGGACGUGGCCUCACAUAUCCAGCAAUACCACCCAGGUUGUCAGGUCACAUUUAAAAAAGCACAUUCUUAAUUUAACCAGUUAUGCCAUGCAAUUGAUCAACUUCUUCUGCACUGAAGGUUGGUUGAUUAGGUUUAAAUUAUUUUUGUUCAAACGUUAUUUUUUAAAGUUUUAUUUUGUAUAAAUUAUGUAAAAAAAAAACUUCUUUUAGCUAGCACGUUAAAAAAUUGUUUCAUUUUUUUCUUGAGAAGAUAUGUAUCAUUUUAUAAUUUUUAGGGAUGUAAUUGUUAAAUAUAUAUAUAGAUACCUAGGCCAUUUAGUUAUUUUUAUUUGACUUGGAUUCUAUUGUUAUUAAGCUGUAAAUGAAUACCAUGUGCACAUUGUUAAUGAAAUGUAAACAGUGUGCAAAUGUUUAGACCUGUACAUAAUGUUGUUCUCUGCUAAUUCAUCCUGAUGUUCCUGUAGCAGAACAGAUUUUUUUGCCUUCAACUAAGUGCCUUCUGCUCUAGUUCAUGUUACCCAAUAUCUGGGCCCCUUGGCUCAAAGACUCCUGCAAGACAAUCUCCAUUCACAGAAAAAAUAUGCUUCUCUUCUAUGAAAAUAAUCUCCCUUUACUAAGACUAGACACUGCCCUCAAACAUGCCUGAGCAUAUUUUAAUUCAAAUGUUGAUGGGCUUUGGUAGAAAUUGUGAGUGCUUUCAGUUUCAAUCUUCAAUGGGCUAACAAGUUUUGAUCCAUUAAGUUUCUUUAUGUGGGACUGUAUGGUGACCUACAUGCCUUGUUACUCCCUGUUAUUGUAAGUUCAAGUUUGUAUUAUCCUGGCUACAGAAUCUUAAAAUUUCUCCAAUUUUACAUAGUAAUAUUUUAUCAAAUUAUCAAUGUUUGUUUUAAUAUUAUGAAUGAACUUAUGUUUAUGUUGUGGCGAUUUUUUCUUACACUUUUAUGUUGAGACCAUUCCUAGUUUUCAAUUAUUUUAACUCAGUUUUUCUUUGUAAUUGGGCAAAAUUAAAUCUUUUUGCCUUUCAAGGAUUUAAAAAAAUAAUUAUUAUCAUAAUAAUAAUUGUCGGAAUUAUCAGUUGUACUGUUUUUGUGAUAUGCACUAGUUACUCAAUUAAAUUUUAGCUUGAAGACAUGUAAAGACAUGUAAAUAUAUGUAAAUAUCUGAUAGUGUACGCUCAGACCAGGCAGAAGCAUUGUAUGUUGGCUGGUCUAGUGUAUCAAGCUAGCCAGAAACAAAUCUAGUUUAGAGAACUGGUUAAAGAUAUAUAUUUGGUUGAAUGUAAUUUGUGUUUUUUUUUUUUUUUGUCUGAAAAGAAAGUGCCAUUCACAUACAGUAGCCUACUCAUCUGUUAAGAUUCUAUUUCACACUGUACAUAUACAUUAUAUUGCUAGCUAUGAAAUGUAUUACUUCAUAAGUAACACUUUUAUUUAACAAUCAAGUUUUGAAUUAAAAGAGUUGAGUUUUUGCCUA